AGUUACGAAUAUUCCGGUUCUUGCGUCUCUUCGCCUCGCGUCGGCUAUGGCGUAUCGGAGGAAGCACGGCACGCCCAGGGCCACCACCUUCGAGGAGUUCCGAUCUACGCCGGCGCCGGAGGACUCGUCGCCGUCUUCGCCGUCGUCGCUAGCCACCCAGGCCAUCCGCGCCUCCGCCGCCCACCGCGAUUCCUCCCUCUCCUCCGCUUAUGGCGAAUCCGCCUUCUCCUCCGCCUACCGGGAAUCCAAUCGUCCCAAUCCCCCCCAGGAUUCAAAUACCUAUGAAUACACGUCAAUGAAAAGCUUGAAUGAAGCUAAGUAUGGAUUUUGGGGGGUUUUGGCUAGAAAAGCUAAAGCAAUUCUUGAAGAUGAUAAUGCAGCGCAGCAGUUUGAUGACCAUGGCAGGAACCAGCACCAGAUGUUUGACUCAUCAACACGUGGACAGUUCAAUCGAUCCUAUUCUGAAGGCUACCGGAAGGCAGAAAAGCCUGCCUUUCAUAAAGGAUCAGAUUCAAUUGCUUCUUCCCUUAAUCACAUUGGUGGUACAAUCAGACAUGCACUUGAAGAGGGCCUGACAAUUGUGGAGAAUAGAACAGCUGAUAUCAUUCAAGAAACAAAGAAGCUGCAAAUUAGGAGAAAAGCAAGUGGUUCCAGCACACAAGAUCAGCCUUCAGAUCUGUUGGCUCCAAAUAAUCUCUCUCAGAUUCAAACUGACCAAGAAACACAACUGAAGGCUUCUCGCGAUGUUGCAAAUGCAAUGGCUGCUAAGGCCAAACUUCUUUUGCGGGAACUAAAAACAGUCAAAGCAGAUCUGGCUUUUGCGAAGCAACGGUGCUCUCAGCUUGAAGAAGAGAAUAAAAUCUUGAGAGAGAACCGUGAAAAGGGAACUCACCAUGAAGAUGAUGAUCUGAUACGUCUCCAGCUAGAGACAUUAUUGGCUGAGAAGGCAAGGCUGGCAAAUGAGAACUCGUUAUAUGCGCGAGAGAAUCGAUUCCUGAGGGAGAUUGUGGAAUACCAUCAGCUUACCAUGCAGGACGUUGUCUACUUGGAUGAGGGCAUCGAAGAGGUCACAGAGGUCUACCAGAUCCCAUCCCACUCAUCAAAUCGUUCUGCACCUGAACUUCUCUCCCCUGUGCUCUCUAGAACUCCCUCUCCUGCUCCUGACUCCACUAUUUCAUCAUCUCCGAAGGCAAGCUCCACAUCAAGAACCCCAAUUAAUCCUACAUCUCCUCCUAAGGUACUUGCAAAGGCUGUGCCUACAGACACAGAGACAAGUCCAUCACUGUCUCCAAAGGCUGAAGGCUGCAAGCAGCAGGAGUUUAGUCCAUUGCCAUCUUCAAUGGUUGAAUGUCCCAGGCAGCAGGAGAGGAGUCCAUCACCGGCUCCAGCAGCUCGAGGUACCGGACAGCCUCCCAUCCCACCCGCCUGAGAUCUGAAUGGACCGUUUCUAGCCUUCUCCACUUGGGUGUGCUUGCUUUGUUUGUGCAUGUAGAAUUUCAUUCAUUCUUGAUCGUAUUGUUUGUAAUUAUAAAGCAUCAUUUAUUUGUGUCAUCUUUAUUUAUAUAAUCAUGAUAAUAAUGUAGGUUUUUCUUGGGUCUUGUGUUCCAUCUUCCGUGGUCCUGUAACUGCUACUCAAGCUUAGUGGUGUGAUUCAUAAGCUUUCAGAUUCUAA